GUCAUGGACAGAGUAAAUUGGACCAGUGCUUCUGAAUUCCUCCUCCUGGGGCUCUCCGAGAAGCCCAUUCACCAGUCAUUGCUCUUCGGUCUAUUUCUGUGCAUAUACCUGGUCACAGUACUGCUGAUUGUCCUGGCUAUCACCUCCAAUACACGCCUCCACACUCCCAUGUAUUUCUUCCUUACCAACCUCUCUUUGACUGAUAUAGCCUCCAUCUCUACCACGGUUCCCAAGAUGCUAGAAAAUAUCUGGACUGAGAAUCAGACCAUCUCCUACAUUGAGUGCUUGAGCCAGCUUUAUUUCUCCAUUGUCUUUGUCACGGUGGAUAACUUCCUCUUGGUUACCAUGGCCUAUGACCGUUACGUGGCCAUCUGCCGGCCUCUCUACUAUGCCACUGCCAUGAGCCCAGGUCUUUGUGUUCUUCUGGCCACCAUGUCUUGGGGCCUCACUAACUUGGUUGCUUUGGUCCACAUUCUGUUGCUGGCCCAGCUGCAGUUCUGUAGGGGCAACACUGUCCCCCACUUCUUCUGUGACAUGCCCCUGCUGCUACAGCUGGCCUGCUCUGACACUCACCUCAACCAGCUCUUGAUCUUGGUUUUGGGAGGCUCUGCCAUCCUUCUCCCAUUCGUACUCAUCCUGGUGUCCUACGUUCACAUCAUCAAGGUCCCAGUGGCCAACAGCCGAUGGAAGGCUUUUUCCACCUGUGGCUCCCAUCUGACUGUAGUCACUCUGUUCUAUGGCACCACCAUUGGUGUUUACUUCCUUCCACCAUCAACACACUUUGUGGGGGGAGACAAAGCAGCUGCUGUGAUGUUCACUGUGGUAACUCCCAUGCUGAACCCUUUCAUUUACAGCCUUAGGAACCAGGACAUAAAGCAGUCUUUGGGGAAACUGAGGUUCCACAGGAGGCUGUUUUCCUUGGACAGGAAAUGCUUUGAGCUGGGCAACUGCAAAUUGGGGAGUGUGGCCAUCAUCAGGGGACAGCUUCUCUGA